AGUCCCGCGCACUAGGAGCGUGACUGAGAGAGGGGGUGAGGAGGCAGCGCCUUGUAGCCUUCUCAGGGGUGUGUAAGGCCGCCCAGGGCGCUAGUGGCGGGGUGGGUGGGGGCUCAGCAGCCCGUGUCUCCUGGGCUGUUGUGAGCGUCAGGCCCGUGUCGCGGUUGCCCCCAAGCGGCGGGGACACUCUCCGGUUCGCAGUCCUGCCGUCUCUUCCCGCCUGCGGGCCAUGGAUCUGCCUGUGGAGAGGUGGGCGGCGUAUGCGCGUCGGAGGUGGGCCUCGCUGGAGCCCUGUCUGCAGCAGAAGCUCUCUCUGGCAGUGCCGCUGAGGGACACCUUCCUCCUCUGCUUGCCUCUCUUCCAAGCCGCAGAGGAAGAGUUUUUGCACAGACUGGCUGCCCGGAACUGGGUGGGAAAGGAUCCGAGAGCUGCACUUUUCUACAAGGAAGAGGGGAACAGGAGAUUUCACAAAAAGGAAUACACGGCCGCACUCAGACUCUAUUCCAAGGCAGUGUCCCACAACAGCCCAGAAAUGUCAUUGUGUUAUGCCAAUCGCUCUGCAGCCCUCUUUCACUUGGGUCACAUUGAGGAUUGUCUAGAAGACAUUGACAGGGCUCAAGCCCAGGGCUAUCCAAACAGAUUGCAGCCUAAGAUCUUGCUGCGGAAAACUGAGUGUCUGCUUCUUCUGGGGAGAUUAGAGGAGGCAGCAGGGGUCAUCAGCAAGGUGGAGAGUAAAAUAGCUAUGGGUCAGAGUCUGACUAGUACCACACGCCAGAUUCUGCUAAGAAAAAUCAGUCAACUUAAAGUAAAAGCACAUGAGAAGGAGAGUAGCCCAGAAUCGGUACCGGAAGUACUCAGCAAAACUCAAAAGGACUUGGAAUUCUGGGAAGAAAAUGGUAAAAUUUCAAGUGCAUUUUCAUCUGUGACCUUGAACUUUAACUCCUGCAGAGGACGUCAUCUGGUUGCCACCAAAGAUAUUCUGCCAGGGGAGAGCUUGGUGAAAGAGGAGGCCUUUGUAAGUGUGCUCAGCCCUGGGAAGAGCCUGUUGCUCCAGGACAGUGCUGAAACAACAUGGGAUAGUAGGGUCACUAAUGGGGACCUCCACUGUCAUCGCUGCUUGAAGCGGCUCUUGGCUUCAGUGCCCUGCGGGGGGUGUAGCUAUGCCAAGUACUGCAGCAAGAAGUGUGCACAGCUGGCGUGGGAGCACUAUCACAGUACAGAGUGCCCAUUAGGGGCACUGCUGCUCACAUUAGGGGUCUUCUCCCAUGUGGCCUUGAGGACCGUUCUAGUGGCUGGAUUUGCAGAGGUUAGCAGGUUAGUGAAGCAGUUUCAUGGAGAUGACAAGGAACUUCACAAGGCUGAAGCCAGAAGUAAGAGUCGGGAUGAGACACGAGAUUCCACAGCAGACAUGGAGGGUCUCUCUGAGAAAGCAGAGCCUUUGAUUCGUGAUUGUGAGGAUGAUGGACAGUAUCGAGGUUCUUACCAAGCUGUCUUCAAUCUUUUGACCCAUGCUGAAAAGCACAGUCCUGAACAUAAGUUCCUUUGCAGCCUGAGCAUAGUAGCCAUAUGCAAGAAACUGCAAGAAGCAGAUCUGACCAUUUUGAGUCAGGGGUCAUGUGAGAGCCAGUCCAAACUGAAAGCACAUGUGCCGACAUCUGCUGAAUUGUCUCCGGAGCUGCAGAUUCUGGGAGAGGCGAUGCUGAGACAUAUGUUGCAGCUGCACUGUAAUGCGCAAGCAGUGACCUCAAUCCGGGAGUCAGAAUCUGGAGCCAGUGUUGUUACAGAUAGUGAGCAGGUGCGCCUGGCCACAGCCCUCUUCCCUGUCACCAGCCUCCUGAAUCAUUCCUGCGACCCUAAUACUAGUGUGACUUUCAGUGGGACUGUUGUCACAGUCAGGGCAUCGCAGCCAAUCCCAAGAGGGCAGGAGAUUGUCCAUUGCUAUGGGCCUCACCGAUGCAGAAUGGGGGCUGCUGAGAGGCGGCAACGGCUCCUUUGUCAGUAUUUCUUUGAGUGUCGAUGCCAGGCCUGCCUGGAUGAGCUGGGGUCCAAUGUCACAGGCACAGCAGCCACAGGGGAUAUAUUCUGCUGUUCCAGCUGCCAUGCUUCAAUGCAGGGGGAAGAUGUGCUUCGUUGUUCCAGUGGUGCUUGUACACUAUUGGUUGGCAGGGAUUACCUCCUACGCCAGUUAUGGGACCUUCAGCUGCAAGUUCAAACAGCACUGAGACUUCUCAAAGACAAACAGCCCAAUCAGGCUGUUGAGCUGCUGAUGAGGUGCCGGCUGGAUGCUGAGAACUUCCUGUCUGCAGAGCACAUGUUGGUGGGCAAGAUUGAGGAUCACCUGGCACAGGGUUAUGCCACACUUGGAAAGUGGCAGGAAGCAGCGAGGCACCUGCGGUGCAGCAUUCAAAUUGUGGAAGCUCGCCAUGGACCAUCCAGUGUGGAAACAGGUCAUGAACUCUUCAAACUGGCACAGAUCCUCUUUAAUGGGUUUGCAGUGUCUGAAGCUCUGUGCACAAUUCAAAGAGCAGAGACAGUUUUGUCUGUGCACUGUGGCCCUCAGAAUGCCCAGGUCCAGGAGCUGCAGGAGAUGAGAGCCUGUCUGCUGGAGCUGCCCAGAAGCCUCAUUCACAGGGUGGAGUGACUAACAAAGGAAGCUGGAGUGCUGCACUCUCCUCAGGAAGUUAAGCUCCAUGUGGCAGGGCAGGGCCUGGCUACAAGCUGGGUGAGCUCUGAAAUGUCCGUGGGGCGGGCCAGGGAAUGAAGCUGAUCACUGCUGAAAUGGGAGAGGACACCACUGGGGUACUGACAGAAGGGCUGUCUCAUAGAAAUGAAUGUUGCUAUAGAAUUUCUUAACAUGCUUUUGAGAAAAGCAUUUGAGAGCCUAUUA